AUGGCGAAUGAAGCGGUGGACGUGAGCAAGUUGGAGGCAGAGGCAGCAAGUUUAGCAGGUGAGGCGGAGAUUUCUACGACGGAUGGUAAUGUCUCAAUACCUACGAAAGAAUCAGCAGAGACUGUAGAUGCAGAGAUUGAAGAUAUGAAGCGCCGCGUGAAGGAGAUGGAAGAAGAGGCAGCCAAGCUAAGCGAAAUGCAAUCGGAAGUGGAAUCGCAAAUGGGAAAUACGUCAUCAAGCUUUAACGAAAUGAGUGGAAAUGUAUCAUCAAAUGCUCAGACAUUACAGAUGGAAGACACGUCCAUUUAUAUUGGUCAAGUUGAUUAUGGUAGUACACCUGAAGAACUUCAAGCGUUGUUUCAAUCAUGUGGCACCAUUAAUCGUGUUACGAUUCUGUGUGACAAAUUUACGGGUCAACCUAAGGGAUAUGCGUACAUUGAAUUUGCCUCUCAUGACGCUGUGGAGAGUGCACUGCUGUUGAACGACACAAUGUUUCGUGGCCGACAGCUCAAGGUGACGCCCAAGCGGAUAAAUGUGCGUGGAUUUAACAUGUCUCGUGGAGGAAGAGGAGGUCGUGGUCGAGGACGGGGGAAGAGGACGUGGUCGUGGGCCGCUUCGUGGAGGAUUUCGCGGUGGUAG